CCUAAAUCAGAAAUUGAUCAGUGAUUCAGAACACAACCACUCAGUCCAUUUCUGUUUGCCAUUUUCCUCAACUCUGUAAUAUCUGGCAGGGAACUACAAAACCGAAAAGUUCAAUCGUUUUCAUAUCCUGUUCACAGGAGAACAAGCAUCAUGGCGACCAUACCAGUCAUCGUGAAGCACCAGGGGAAGAAAUACGAGGUAGAACUCGACCCGACAUCACUGGGAGAGGUCUUCAAAUUCCAAUUAUAUUCCCUUACCGGCGUCGAACCAGAGCGACAGAAGAUCCUCGUCAAGGGCGGCCAGCUCAAGGAUGAUACCGACCUAUCGAAGCUCGGCGCAAAGCCGGGGCAGACAUUCAUGAUGAUGGGCACACCAGCUACGGAUGGAAACGCCAUCUCGCGGCCGAAGGAGAAAACAAAGUUCGUUGAGGAUAUGACGGAAGCCGAGCAGGCAAGACAGGAUGGCGCCACACCAGCUGGAUUGCAGAACCUGGGCAACACAUGUUAUCUCAACUCCACCCUCCAGACACUGCGCGCCGUUCCCGAGCUACAAAAGGAACUCGCAAAAUACAAGGGCACAACGGAUUCCAACAGCGCACUUGGUGGUCUGAGCCAGUUUGGACUCGGGGGACCUUCUGCUGGAUUGGACCUGACCGCAUCCUUACGCGACCUCUACUCCCAGAUGGCCGAUACCCAGGAGGGCUUCCCACCACUAGUCUUCCUCAGCGCCUUACGGAACCUCUAUCCCCAAUUCGCCCAAAAAGCCAAGUCCGGAAACGGCUACGCCCAACAAGACGCCGAAGAAGCCUGGUCCCAAAUCGUCUCCCAACUCCGCCAAAAACUCAAGAUGAAGGACACAGACGACUCCGAAACCUCCUUCAUCGACAAAUACAUGGCCGGCCGCUUCUCCUCCUCCCUCGAGUGCGACGACCCCGCCGCCAAGGAACUCGGCGAGGAACCCAUAGUAACAUCCGAACCCUUCCUCAAACUCGACUGCCACAUCAGCGCCACGACCAACCACCUCCGCGACGGCCUCGCCGCCGGCCUCGACGAGCAGAUUGAGAAGAAAUCCGCCCUCCUAGAUCGCGACACAAUGUACACCAAGAAAUCCAAGCUCGCCCGCCUCCCCACCUACCUCACCGUCCACUUCGUCCGCUUCUACUGGAAGCGCGAGGCCCAGAAGAAGGCGAAGAUCAUGCGCAAGGUCACGUUCCCGCACGAGCUCGAUGUCGUGGAGUUCUGCACCGAUCAUUUGAAGUCCAUGCUCAUCCCUGUGCGCGACAAGGUCCGCGAUGUCCGGAAGGAGGUCGAGGAUGUCGAGCGCGCGCGUAAGCGCCAGAAGCGCCAGCAUGAUAAGGAGGAGGCGGAUAAGGCGGCGGGGAUUGUGGAUUCCGUUACUGAGUCUAAGAAAUCCGACCCCGCCCCCGCGAAGGCCGCAGAGGGCAGUGCUGCGGCUGCGGGGGGGGACACCGAGAUGACUGAUGAGACCUACAGAACCGAUGCCGAGAUCGAAGCCGAGCGCGCAGCCUCCAUUCUUAACGCCAAGAAGGAGCUUCACGCUCUGAUCAACCCCGAGCUCGCCAAGGACGAAGGCGCGAAUAAGUCAGGCCUCUACGAGCUCCGGGGUGUGGUCACACAUCAGGGCGCUAGUGCGGAUAGUGGGCAUUACACGUCGUAUGUCAAGAAGGAGGGGCGGAUGAAUGAGAAGACGGGGAAGAGGGAGGAGGAGGAUGGGAAGUGGUGGUGGUUUAAUGAUGACAAGGUUACCGAGGUGGAGGCGGAGAAGAUUGACACCCUAUGUGGUGGCGGAGAGUCGCACUCGGCGCUGAUUCUGCUGUAUCGAUCGAUUCCGCUGCCGUCGGUGGAGGGGGUUGAUGCGUAGGUUUGGUGGGAUACAUUUGGUUUUCUAGAUACGGAGAUCAUCAUGGUUUGGGGUAAUGGGAUAGAUGGUGGUAGUUUACGUAGAUAGAACCAAUGCCAUACCUUGGCAUAUU